CCAGGCUCCCCCCACAUGCCGGCUCCCGGCCGCUCCGGGGCUCGGCUGCCCGCCCGGCUCCCCGCCGCCUGCGGCUGAUGCUCGCUGCCCCCCAGCUGCCCCGAGCCCGCCCGUGUGGACCGUACAAAGCCCGCAGCCCGCGCCGCUGUCUGGGGACUGUCUUGCCCGGGAGGAGCCCGCGGCUACCAGGAAGGGACCAUGUACGUAGACCCGGAGGCUGCCGGCAAAGGAGUGCCCUCCCGCGAUGUCCUCCUGGUCUCAGCCAUCAUCACCGUCAGCCUUAGCGUCACCAUCGUCCUGUGCGGGAUCUGCCAGUGGUGCCAGCGCAAACUGGGUAAACGUUAUAAAAAUUCCCUGGAGACGGUGGGGACCCCGGAUUCCAGCCGAGGGCGCAGUGAAAAGAAAACCAUCAAUGAUCUAGACAGAGACUUUUGGAAUAACAAUGACAACACAGUGCAGCAGAAAUGGAGCUCCUACCCUCCCAAGGAGUUUAUACUAAACAUUUCACCUUACGCCCCAUACGGUGAUCCACGACUUUCCCUCAAUGGCUCUCUGCUGUCGGGCGCUAAGUUGGCCGCCUCUUCCGCUUCGGGGUUGGCGGGGGAGCGAGAAGGACGCCUGGGGGAGAAGCAGCAGCUACGAGAGGACGGCAUGAAGAGCAGCCUGUCUGCCCACAGCGAGCCCAGCAAUGGGAAGGCGGGGAGAGGCCGAUGGCACGCGGUGCAGAGCCACCUAGCAGCAGGGAAGCUCAGCCUAUCCAAUUUCGAGGACUCCACCAUGUCCACAGCCACUACCCUUGAGUAUAUCCCCACCUCAGCAGGAGACCCGAAAUGCCAGCGUCCCCGCACGCUGAUGCGCCAGCAGAGCCUCCAGCAGCCGCUUAGCCAGCACCAGAAAAGCAACCACAGCCAGCCCACCACCAGCCAGAGCCUGGGGCACCUACAGUCCCACACCAGCUCCUCUUCCAGCGGCGGCAACCCCCGGGGCCGGAGUGGCCAGUCACGGCAAGGGGUCUCGGCUGGCUCCAAGCACCGGACGGCUGGCGGCCGGAGCCGCUCCAACCCCGGGAGCUGGGACCACGUGGUGGGGCAGAUUCGCAACCGAGGCUUGGAUGUGAAGUCCUUCCUGGAAGGCCGGAUGGUGGUGUUAUCCCUGGUUCUGGGACUCUCGGAACAGGACGACUUUGCCAAUAUACCCGAUCUGCAAACCGCUGGGAACCAGCAGGCGCAGAACUCUCAGGGGGACAAGAGGUUGCCGUCUGGAGGCAAGAUGGUGAACACAGCCCCUAUGCCCGGGCAGACCCAGCAUGACGAGUCUGACCGCAAAACGGAGCCUCGCUCGUCUGUCUCGGACCUGGUGAACUCCCUGACCAGUGAGAUGCUAAUGCUCUCCCCAGGCUCUGAGGAUGAUGAGGGACAUGACAGCUCCAGCAGGGAGAACCUCGGCCGAAUCCAAUUCAGCGUCGGCUACAACUUCCAGGAAUCCACUCUGACUGUCAAGAUCAUGAAGGCUCAAGAGCUGCCAGCCAAGGACUUCAGCGGCACCAGUGACCCUUUCGUCAAGAUCUACCUGCUGCCUGAUAAAAAGAACAAGCUGGAGACCAAAGUGAAGAGGAAGAACUUGAACCCGCACUGGAACGAGACCUUCCUCUUCGAAGGUUUCCCAUACGAGAAGGUGGUGCAGCGGGUGCUGUAUCUCCAGGUUUUGGACUAUGACCGCUUCAGUCGCAAUGACCCCAUCGGAGAGGUGUCCAUUCCACUCAACAAGUUGGACCUGACCCAGAUGCAGACAUUCUGGAAGGAGCUGAAACCCUGCAGUGAUGGGAGCGGAAGUCGGGGAGAACUCCUCCUGUCCCUUUGCUACAACCCUUCUGGUAACUCCAUCGUUGUGAAUAUCAUCAAAGCACGGAAUCUGAAAGCCAUGGACAUCGGGGGGACGUCAGACCCUUACGUCAAGGUGUGGCUGAUGUACAAGGACAAGAGGGUGGAGAAGAAGAAGACGGUGGUAAUGAAGCGGUGCCUGAACCCAGUCUUCAAUGAGUCCUUCAUCUUUGACAUCCCCACCGAGAAGCUGCGAGAGACAACCAUCAUCAUCACCGUCAUGGAUAAGGACAGGCUGAGCCGGAACGACGUCAUUGGCAAGAUUUACCUGUCCUGGAAGAGUGGCCCCGGCGAGGUGAAGCACUGGAAGGAUAUGAUCGCCCAUCCCCGGCAGGCCGUGGCACAAUGGCACCAGCUGAAGGCCUGAGCGGCAGCGGCUGAGAAUUCUGUCUGGCUUUCACCGCUCCGAGUCGACGUUUCUUGGCCAUGCUCUCACUACUUUAUGCACAACAGAGGCACCUGGGGAUCCCCCUAGGGGACGAGCUCGGAGCUGACAAGGAGCUGAGGGUCUGAAGUUGGCGACGUUUCCAAACUCUGGGAAGCAGCGUUGGCCGCCCGCUGUGUCCAUGGGGCGCCCGGCACCAACAGGAGCACCUUUAGUGCCCAACUUCCUGCUUUAACCUUUCCUCCUGUUACACCGAGAGAGAGACGCCAGCCUGCUAGGUGGGAAGGAGCCUCGGCACUGGUUUGUUUUGCCCUGGAGGGCAGGGAAGUGGUGUUGGCGCGACUGGCUCCAUGAGGUGGUGAGAGGAGGAGACGCCUCCGCCACACGAGACUUCCUUCGAGUUCUUCCAGCCCAAGGCCUGUUGGGAGUGCUCCCCCGAGGAAGCCAGCAUCUCCUAGGGGGCGCGUGGGCCUAGGAGAGGGGCCGGCAAGGGGGACGUGCCCUCGGUCUCCUUGAGGUCAUUUAUUUUUAAUUCAAUAAAACUUGUAAGAGUAAUAAGAAUAAUAUAAGUAAUAGCGGCUAGAAUCCUGUCCCAGCCAGGACUGGGGGAAGCCGCGCCACUCCAACAGUCUCCUGUGCGUUUGCUGUGUGUGUGUAUAAGCGUGUUGUAAGUGUCACAUGUUUGCGUGCGGGCUGCUCAUGUCUCGCUCGCUCUCUCUCUCUCUGCCCUGCCUGGGAGCAACCCCUGAUCCCACAGGACAGUGGUGGUUCCAGUGCGGGAUGUGGUUUUUUUUAAUUGGCUGGUGCAUGGGGUUUGAAGGAACUGAUGCCACAUGGGGAGUGGGGCCAGUCUCUACUGCCAGUCCAUGCUGGAUAGGGAGGGAGGCGGAAGGAGCUGCCCACCAGGCAGGGUCUCCCCUCAUGACCUUUCUGUGGUAUAUGGGAUUGGAAGCCAUAACAGAUGGAUCGGUAGCCAAACUGGGCUCGGCUUUAGGGCUAAUGAGAGCUUGACUGUAGUCACCUCCCUCUGGCUGGUGAUUGCCUCGUCCUGCUUGAACUGAGAGAAUGUCCCAAACCAGCUCCCAAACACUGCCACGCUCUCAGGCAUAUGGACCCCGAAACAGCCCACCCUCCAGCACCCAUCCCCCAACCUCACCCGAGACACCCCACACCCUCACCAUACACAGCCCACCCCUCCAGCACCCAUCCUCCAAUCUCACCCAAGACACCCCACACCCUCACCAUACACAGCCCACCCCUCCAGCACUCAUCCCCCAACCUCACCCGAGACACCCCACACCCUCACCAUACACAGCCCACCCCUCCAGCACCCAUCCCCCAAUCUCACCCAAGACACCCCACACCCUCACCAUACACAGCCCACCUCUCCAGCACCCAUCCCCCAACCUGACCUAAGCCUCAGAGGUGCUGUCUGUGAAGGUCUCCCACUUGCUAUCUGUCUCCUCCUAGCUGUGGGGCUGGAUAUGGCCCCCCCUUCUCCUCAAUCCAGUAGUGAUGCGGCCCCAUGAUGGGAUCUCCUGGGUGGUCCGAGGUAGCAGGCGGCUAUUUCAUGGUGGCCCAUUUGAGCCCAAGCUGGGUGCCUCACUGGGCCAUGUCGGCUGCAGUGGCUGACUGGGUCCCAGGGGUGCUCUUUUCCCCACCCCCGCAGUUCUGGGCAUUGCUGCUCAUUUCCUGGCAGCGCGACACUGGGGCAAAGGGUCUGCACCUCGCCCACGAAUGGGCACAAAAUAACUAAUGUCGCCCAGAAGCCCUUGAGAAGCCUGCUAGGUGGCCAAAAAAGCCAGAGCCCUGGGCGCUGGGGCAUGGGAAUGCUGCGGACACAUCCCACCCAUGCCUGCCACCCACCAUUCCCCGCAAGCAGGAGGCCAGACUGGCAUAGCUGUGAGCGCACCAGUGCUGCUGCUACACCACUGCCUACACCGUCCCCUGAGGGGAGCGGCUGGCAUUGGCCUAGCCAGGAGCACCCCAUGGCCAGCACUCCCCCUAUGGCCCUGCCUGCUGCCCAGCACGUGACUCAGCUCCAGGGCUCUGACCUGCCCCAGUCCCUCCCCUGCCCCUUUAAAGGGACUGAUCCUCUCCAUUCCCGUCGGGCCUGAGCCUGGGGGGGCGGUCAUGCUGAAUUAAGCAUCUGCUUCACUCAGCCAGCAAGGGACCCUGCUAGAGAACUAGCUGGAAAUUGCCCAUCUGGUCUGCAAGCCAGGGCUGGUGCUGUGCCAAGGGACUAAGAGCCGCUGAACAGGCACUUACACUCAGGCAAGGGCAAGAAGCCCUCAUUUAAUUCCCGCAGCCCUUUUAAUCGGCACUGGCACAGGGAGGGGAGCCCAAGCCAUGGGCCUGGAGAGAGCAAACCAUAGGCCCUGCACAGCUGCAAAGCCCCCACCAGGGGGCACUGUAAGGCCAUAGGCAGAGCAGUGCUGGGUCUCUGGCUCCGGCUGAGCACCCUUGGAGUUACUGCCCAGGGGGCUGGCCAGGGAGCCCCGCAGAGACUAGGCGCUUCCAGAGUUGCGCCUCCCCAAUCAGCGCAUGGGACUGGUCCCUGAUUUCCCCGCUGGCAGAAACACAGCGCUCAGGCCCUGAACUAGACUCAAGGCAGGAGACUGGUACGUGCCAGCCAGCUCUCUCAUAUCCCUGGGCCAGUACAUCUGCCCCCUUGCUAUGCAUGGCCCUCUGGGACCCUCUUUCCAUGGCACCAUGGCUGCUCCCCUGCUGAGGCCUGGGCUCCUUACCAUUGUUCUGCAGCCCCACGUCGCUGCCUCCUCCCACCCAGCCAUUCCUCUCACUGGGGCCUCAUACAAUGGUUCACCAUCUCCACACAGCCCCCUGCCCCCCCAAAAAAGUAUCCCCCCCCAAGCUCCUGUCAUCAGUUCACUAUUCCCAGCCCCCCUCUGUCUCCCCCCACACACACCUUGCUCUGCUCACCAAGGGUGUGGCGAGUGCUGAGGCAGCUGGGUGGUGGAAUGGGUGCUGAGGCCAUUGGGUGGGAGGGUGGCUGCUGGGUAGGGCGAGUGGGGUAGAUGCAAGGGUGGUGUGGAUGAUAGAUGGGAGGGUGGAGGUCCUUGGGGUGGGUGCCAAGACUGCUAGAUGGGGGUUAGGGGUUAAGGGGUGCAGACCUGAUAGAGGGAGAGGGUGUCAGGGAUGGGUACUGGGACUGAUAGGUGCCUGGGGAUGCUGGAGGGGCAGCUGGGUGGAUGAUUGAGUUAGGUACUGAGACUACUGGGUAGGCUGGUGCCUGGGGUGGCUACUGAGUGGGUGAAUGGCGUGAUAGGGUGGAUGCUGGGGUGUCUCGGUGCUAAGUGGAUGUUUAGGUAUCAGGGCGGGUACUAGGGCACCUAGGUGGGGGGAAUGUGAGGGGGGGGGGGUCCAGGGGUGCAACCAGGUAUCAGGGGCGCUCCCCUAGACCAAGGGAGCUCUGCAUUUAGUGAUGUCCAGGCUGCCUUGCUGCACUCUUGCCCGGCUGGGUGGUGGAGUCACUUGGCACGUUGCCCUGGGUGACAACAGCAUCUGUUCAGUUUCCCUUGUGAUGUUCUAGAACCCUCAGCGCUGGGGUGGGGAGUAGGGAACACCGUGUCCAUUGUUGGGUGAGAUCAUUAACGCCUACCUACCCGGCCAGCUGCAUCUCAUUAGCGGUCCUCACUUGGUCUGUGCACACGCUGUCCUCGCUUGACAUUGUCCGUCUCACUGGUCUUGCUCUAAUCUACCCUUUUUUAGAUGAGAUCACUGAAGAGAUUGUGAGAGGAUACCUUCGGUGUCAUGGAGAGUCCACGGGUUGCCUUGAUUCCUUUCAGUUUGUGGCAUGGAUGCUGCACUAGCCUUGCUGCCUGAUGAGCUCCUAGUGAUGGACAAAGGUCAGGUAUUACCAUGUUCCUUGUAGAUCUGCCAGCAGCCUUUGGAGCUGAGGACCUUGAGGGCUGGUUGACACUAUUGAAGAGCAUAGCUAGGGCUGAUGAGAUGGCUCUUGCAUCGGUCUGCUCGAGGCAGGUGGUGUUGGGCAAUUGCUUUACUGACUCAAGGGCAUGUUCACGUGUGGCACGUUGCAGUUCCAUUAGGUCCUAUUCAGUUUGUGUGUGAGGCCACCAGGGGCAGAGGAGACUGAGACAUUACAGGCCACAGCAGUGUCAUCGUUAUGUCAGUGGCAGGUGGCACAAUGAUGCUGGUAGGUUGGGUCCUAGCUAGAGUGUAUGGCAGGGGGUUAUUGAAAAGUUGUUCCCAUCCUUUAUCAGUGCCGGUCCAAUUUGGAGGUACUGUCAGAACUCCAGCCUCCCCCACAAUCUCAGGCAUCACUGGCAGCUUUUAUUCUUCUGCCUCUAGUCAGACAAUUGUGACCAUCUCAUUUGGACCUUGAGUGUUAUUCAAGCAUUGAUGGCCACCAGACUGGAUUGCUGCAGUGCACUCUACAUUGGCAGUCCCUUGGAGAUCAUUUGGGUUGUAGCUCUGGUGCAAAACCUGGUAAUGAGCUGUGUCAGGCACAGUGAAAAUGUUACACCUGUUCUUCCAGAGGCUACAGUAGAUUCCUAUGAGCUUCCAGGUGUGAUUCAAGGUGUCACUACUAACCUAUAAAUCCCAGUGUGGUUUAGGUCCUCGCUACCUGUGUGACCACCUCCUAGGGUGCCACUUUGAUAAUUGAUGUCACUCUCAGUCUUAGGUCAUUCAUGAUCUUAAGUGUUUUAAAAUGUUAUUGGGGCAGUCUUGGGGCAGGUUCUCAAAGCACUCAUUCACUUCUGCUUCCAUCCAGGCAAGACAGCCCAAGGCUCUUAACCCUGUGGGCAUGAUGUAAGGACCACCUACUCUCUCAGGCCUUCCGAGUGAGGUGACUGAUAGGCUCUGUACAGUAGUUAGCCUAUUUUUUAGGGCAUAAGAGUCUUUUUAUUUGGUUUACAUAGUCAUUGUGUUAUGGUGUUUUUUCUACAUGAUGUGCAGGUGCCUAGAGACAUUUGUGAUAGGCACAUUUUUAUAAAAUUAACAAUAAACCAUGACGGGAGGAUGGAGGAAGGCCUACGGGUGAUGGGGGAAGGGUUAGGAUCUCCUAGGAAGGGUUGGGUGGACUUUCGGUUCUUUCUUGUUCCCCCAUUUUGUGGCAUCACUUCUUCUCAGCUGAGCCAGUUCUUCAAUGACGAGGAAGUGCUGUUAGAUUUAUUUAUUGGUCUGUGGGGGCAGGGACCGUGGGGAAGAAACGACCACUUAAAAACGCAGAGAGAGCGAGAGAGACGACGAGACGGCAUUUAGCGAUCUGCACUCAUUAGGUGAAAUAGUUACCAAUUUACUACAGAAAUAAAAACCAAACUCGUAUUGAUGUGGGAGGGGCGACAGCGUCUUUUUAUUUUUGUGCCCCACCCAUGCAGCUCUCAGCCAAUCAGAUGCAAGGAAACAUUCCAGAGGGAUACUUUUUGCAAAGGGGGACUUUCGUGCCAAAGCAAACUUGAAAAUACGCAGCUUCCCGUGUCAGUAUUUGAGCUGAGCUGUGUUGACGGGAACGGUUUGCCUGCAGCCCUUUCUCUGCCUCUUCCUGAGCCUCCAGGAAAGUCAGAGCUAGUGCUAGUCCAACUAUGGUAUGAAUUAUCGUAAUCCAGAGCCCCAUUCCUUCUAAUAUACACUAUUGGUUAUUCAGCCAUAGCUCGGGUGAUAGCAGUGGUUCACAACUGAAUCAACUCCUCACUGUUAGUGUGUGUAACUGGUCACGUAAAUCACAUGCUGGUGUUUCUGCUCCACUGAUUGCAUGAUGGAACCAUUCAUAACAGGAGAAAAAAAAAUUAACCAACUUUCUGGUAUGAACUUUUGCACCAACCUGUGCUAAAAUUGGGACUAGGAUCCUGUAUCGCUGGCCACUGACCAAACACUCCCAAAUUACAAGUGUGACAACCCACAGGCAGCAGCGUGAACAGAAUUGGGCUUAUUUGGGCACAAAAAUAUUCAGGACUCAAGGGGCAAGGGGCGUUUUACUAGUCCACCCACUCCUGUCAGAACAUUGCCUCUGUGACAUCACAGGCUGUAGCCAUGGUUACAACUGCGAUGUCUCAACUUUGGCAUUGUGGCUCUUGCUGGACAGUGGAAGAAACAGAAGGGCGAAGUGUACAACCCCAACCGAUUUCCCUUGGGAAAGAGGAAACUUGUCACUUGUGGAGAUGUUAAGGUGAGGUCAGCCCUGGGGUCCUUUGUGUCUGUGAAGUGGAGCUGUCCUCUGAACUCCUGCUCCCUGGCGGCCUUCCACACCCCCUCCAAGCUGGGAUUUGGCUCCACAGCUCCCAAAAUUCUCAGUGAAUCUGAUUCAGUUUUGACCAUCCCUAUGUGGCCUCAGGCAAACUGCUGCACCUAAACAGGACUCUGUUUCUUCUUUGGUACAACGGGGAUAUUCCUACUUCCAGCCCAGGCUGAAUUCAUGAAGUGCUGGGAGAUCCGGGCUAGCAAAGGGGCAGGAGUAGCUAACAUCCCAGAAGUCCAGGUGCCCAUUCCUGCAUUAGCAGCCAUGUGACAAAUGUACACAGCUAAUGUCAUGUGGAGAUGUAAAGCCACAAAAGGAAUGUAUUUAUGCAUCAAACUAAAGUUUUGCCUGCAAUGAAAGUCCCUCUUUAAAGUGCUGGACAAUCUUGACAGAAAUAAUCAUUUUAAGAAUAUUUGUAUUUUUUUCAUAUUCUCUCUCUUUUUUUUUGUAAUAAAAGAGACUUUAUAAACCUCGCAGAGGAGGGGAAGAUGAGCUGAACGGGUUUUGUGCCGCUGGCUAACAGUAAUGGCACUGACUGGCUGAUAAUAAGCAGGGCGGUGGCAUGGAGGGGCAAUAUUUGCCAUUCAACUAAUUGGGAGCCAGCAUGUCUAAUGAUUAGUGCAGAGGGGACAUGAAGCCAGGACUCCUGGGCUCUAUCCCUGACUUUGCCAUUGACUCACUGUGUGACUUUGGCCGAGUCACUGAACCUCGCCGUGCCUCAGUUUCCACACUUGUCAAAUGGGGCUAAUAAUACUUCCCUACCUUUCUGGGGGGUAGGUUGUGAAGCUUAAUCAACAAGAACCAGCUUCGGAUCCCCAUAGUCGCAUGGCGUCGUUGCCCAAUGUCACAAGAAGCCCCAUUGACUUCAGUGGCAUUUUUUGUGGAGCAAUUUGCUUACUUAACACGAGUAAGAGGAGACAAAUCCAGCCUCUGAGUAAAGCACUUUGAGAUCCUUCGAUGAAAGGUGCUAGAGACAUGCAAAGUACUAUUUUCGUUAUUGACCAAACGGCCUCUCUGCCCAUGUUCCCACUAGGUUAGCAGCCGGGGCUAACCCGCUUCCCUUCCCCAGAAGUGGUUUCUUUUGUAUGGCUGGAUUUGCAGGAGUUGCGUGUUCCUUUUUAACUCUAGAGCUCUUUGCUGUAUCUUGUUCGGGUAGCUCUUCUUCAUGUGCUGAUAACCAUCGAACUGGUGUGUAAAAUACAGGAAAACGAAAAUACAUAAUGACUAAACUGUAGACUUCUUUGCUAGCAGCAACGGCAGCAGCUGGGCUAGACACCGCUGCUGCCUCAUUUCUAUUGUGUUUGGAUUGAAGAGAUGUUAAACUCAUGGCGUUGCCGUAAUUUUAUAAUAGAAACAGAGAAAACACCAAAAAAAAUGAUAAAGGGAGACAAAUAACCCAACUACUAACUACUAAGCCAGCGUGAUUUCAUCAUCUCGGAUAUUUACGAGGUAGGAGCGUUUUCUUUGAAGAACCAUAUUUUUGAAGACCUGGCCCCUCGUUUUGUGGAGGCGGCCUCUCUUCUGAAUAAUAAAGGAUAGCAAAUAA